CCUAAAAUUCCAUAGUGCGUACAACCGGACCUGUGGAUCAGAAAACACACCAGCCAGUAAAGGGAAGAAAGAAGCAUGGAGGUAUCCGUCUGGGUGAAAUGGAGCGUGACUCACUGCUGGCACACGGCACAUCCUUCCUUCUACACGACCGAUUGCAGAACUGCUCUGAUUUAUCAUAUUGCCAUGUGUGCAAGCUGUGUGGCUCCAUUUUAUCACCCGUAGUGGAACACGGCGACAAAUCAGACCAACACAAGACCGUGUCAUGCCGUACGUGUGAGACCACUAAAGGCGUAGAGACUGUGGCCUUACCCUAUGUGUUCCGAUACCUUGUAUCUGAGAUGUUUGCGAUGAAUAUGCGGCUGACGCUCGAGGUGGAGUAGGGCUUGCUAGCUGGGCACAGGAGGCGGUGCUGCUUCUCCGAUAGUUGGAUAUGCUCACAACUUGUAUAUGCUAAACCAGGCUUUCUAGAUAUAUACUUAGUAAAAUCAGGACGAUUCAGCUCUCG